AUGAUGACAGGAAAAUGUGAACCGGACUCUUUGCCCGUCGUCAUACCAGUCGCAUCCGAGACGUCUUCCACAGGAAUCCACGACAACAACAAUAACGCUUCUUCUGCGGCCACGCCGUCUCCCGUCACGGCCACUGUACAUCCCUUUAGCAAGAGGGAACCCAUCGUCACCAGCUCAUCGUUGAUAUUUUCACAGUCGUCUAAUCAAAAGGAUGGUAAAAGGGCCAACAAACCACUAAUGGAGAAAAGAAGACGAGCGAGAAUAAAUCAAUCGCUAGCGCUUUUGAAAACUCUUAUUUUAGAUUCUACUCGAACAGAGAAUACCAAGCAUUCAAAAUUGGAAAAAGCUGACAUAUUAGAGCUUACCGUACGCCAUUUACAACGGCAAAAAGUUCUGAGCUCAGACGUCAGGGAUAAAUAUCGGGCUGGCUUCCAAGAAUGCGCUAGAGAGGUUACCAGAUUUUUGGAGUGCCCCGAACUGCAUAUGUGCAGUACUGGAACUGGAACACUUCUUUCUGCAGGUUCCACAGUUAUAGAGCCGGCUGUAAAACAACGGUUAUUAAGACACUUAGAUACAUGUUCGUCAGAAAUUGAUUUAGAUUUUAGCAACUCUACGGUUGUUAUCCCUGAUGAUAUUAUCGGCGGGGACGAAGAAUCAAAUUGUAGCACGAUCGACAGUAAAAAUGAUCGUAUAAAAUGUGAACCUCCAAAGAAACGAGCUCGCAGUAAAUCUGUGGGUGUAGAAGAUAAGGUAAUAGAUCGUGGUGGUCUGACAGCAAGUGUUGUUGUAGCGCCAACUAAUGAUCCUACACAACCAUUAUCUGUUGUACAGGUAAUUCCUUCACAACUUCCUGAUGGCCAAGUUGUAUUCCUUUUACCAAGCCACUACGUCCAUUGCCAACAAAACCAAGGGGCUGAACCAAGGCCUCCAGGUGAUGAACCUAUUGAUUUCAGUGUAAAAAGAGAACAUGAACAUGACAGUAUGUGGAGGCCUUGGUGA